AUGCUGACGAAAUUCUUCCGUCUUCUUUCCAACUUAACAAGGAGCCAAAACAAAUUAGCUCUUCUUGUUCGAGCUGACCUCAAGAUGUCCAAGGGCAAAACAGCCGCUCAAUGUUCACAUGCUUCCAUUCUAUGUUAUCAACGUUCACAGAAAAUCAAUGCCAGAGCAUUGGAAUCGUGGUGUACAUGGGGUCAACCUAAAAUCGUGUUGAAAGUAGAUUCAUUGGAAGAGAUUCUACGAAUUCGUGAUGAAGCAAAUAAAGUUAAUUUAGUUGCGGAAAUUGUUAAAGAUGCUGGACGAACACAACUCGAACCAGGAACAGCUACUGUCUUGGGCAUUGGACCAGAUCAUGGGGAGAAGAUUGACAAAUUGGUGCAGCAUUUGAAAUUGUUAUAGAAAAAUGUUGGUUCAAUUAUUUGAAUAAAAAAUUGUUGUUUUUAAA